AUGGCUGAGGAGAGAGAUAGAGGGGAGACUUGUGGAUUGUCAUGGAGGUCGAGGAACAAGAGAAUAUUCGUCGCUGGUGAAGUGGCGGCAGAAUCCGAUACUUCUUCGCCUAUCUCCCCGUUCCCUGAGCCGUUCGGCUCAUCCCCUUUCGUUCACUUCGCUGAUACGCGGCUCACCGACUUCUUACCUGUCCUCUUCGCUGCUUCGUGGAAUUUUAUGAAGCUGCUCCAUGAAGGAGAAGGUGCUAAUAUUCAGCCAGUACAUCCAACUGCUCGAGCUCAUAAAGGAUCAGCUGAAAGAAAUCUUACUGGUGGGCCGAGCUUCUGGUGGGCCGAGGGAAAAGAGAUUUUGCAGAUGCAAGGGAAGCUCGACCAAAAACAUCGGCAGAUAUUCAUAAAGUUGUUCAAUGAAAAGCAAAAUGAGUCAAAGUUUUCUGCACCUAAUUUGACCUACGCCUUUAUGCCACUGGAAUCAGCAUCGGAACAGGAGGGGGAGGGUUCUGACCCCGUGCCGAAGUUUGUCGAGGUUGUUCAUCGCAUGUACGGCGAAUUGAGGGGAAACUCUGACUACACGAAAUCCUGA